AUGCAUAUUUCUUCGACUCUUGUGGCCGCCACGCUGCCUUUGAUGGCACUGGCAUCCCCCUCUCUGAUUCCCAGACAAGCCAGCACGAAGAUCACCGUUGAUCCAUCGAAGAAAUACCAAACAAUGGAUGGCUUCGGAUUCUCCGCGGCCUUCCAGCGUGCGAAUCUGAUUGUCAACCUCCCAGAACCAAAGCGGACGGCGCUGUUGGAUAUUCUAUUCAGCAACACAACAGGAGCUGGGUUCACGAUCCUGCGAAAUGGUCUUGGCUCUACCCCCAAUUCCAAUUCCGACUACAUGAACACUAUUGAACCCACGAAUCCCGGUUCGGCAACAGCGACCCCAAAAUACGUCUGGGAUGGCAAGGACAGUGGGCAGUUCUGGCUCUCGCAGCAGGCCGUGAAGUAUGGAGUUAACACGUUCUAUUCCAAUGCUUGGAGCGCGCCGGGCUUCAUGAAGACGAACAAUAACGAUAUGAAUGGGGGGAGCUUGAGGGAUGAGUGGAAGCAAGCUUAUGCAAAUUACUUGAUUCAGUAUAUCCAGUAUUAUAUUGAUGGAGGUGUUCCCAUUACGCAUCUCGGAUUCUUGAAUGAGCCAGAUUUAAGCACAUCCUACGCCUCCAUGCUCUCUAACGGCCAACAGGCCGCCGCGUUCAUCAAAGUCCUGCGCCCGUCCCUCGACGCAGCAAACAUGUCACAAGUCGGAAUCGUGUGCUGCGAAUCCACCGGCUGGGGACAGGCCGGCAACAUCUACGGCGGGAUCAAAUCCUCCGGCGCAGAUGGCCAGCUCGCAGUUGUCUCCUCCCACGAGUAUACCGGCCGCGCCGGCAACUCCCUCAGCAACACCCAUCCCAGCUGGCAAACGGAAUACGCCGAUUUGAACGGCGGAUGGACCACAUCGUGGGCCGGCAAUGGCGGCGCCGGCGACGGAAUGACAUGGGCGUCGAACAUCUACAAUGCCAUCACUAGAGCAAACGUCAGCGCCUAUUUGGCAUGGGAGGGCGUACAAGCCCCCAACCCCAACACCAACGAGAAGCUCAUCAAGUGCGACGCAUCUAACUACGAGGUAUCGAAGCGGUUGUGGGCGUUUGCGCAGUAUAGCCGCACAGUUAGACCCGGUGCCGUCAGACUCGGGACUUCAGGAGGAAACUUCCAGACCACUGCUUUCCAGAACGUUGAUGGCAGCGUGGCGGUUAAUAUUAUCAAUACUGGUGGCUCGGCCGCUACUGUGUCGGUUGGUGUUACAGGUUUAGUGCCAGCGAGUGCUGUCUCCUGGUUGACGGAUAACAGCCAUGAUUUUACCUCCACUACUCUUACUGUUGCUACUGAUGGAUCCGUGUCGGGUUCCGUGCCUGCGAGGGCCAUGGUGAGUUUUGUUCUUGCUGCCGCUGCUGCUUAA